AUGGCAGACUUCGCAGCAAACCUCAACAUUCGAGCCAUUGACGAUCUCGAGGACUUAGCCAAUGUGAUAUUAGCCAACGCAAAGACCGUAAAGUCUUUCCUCUCGAACAGCAACAUCCCACCGCCGUCGUUCUCUGUCGAUGCCCCCUUGAGCUUCCCGGACAGCCCUCGGAACGUGCGUGAAGCACGCAGUCAGCUACUCGACGCCUCCAAGAAGAUCCAGCAACUGGUCAUGGGCCCAAGGGAUCACCUUUUCUGGUACUCCUGCUUGUACCAGGUUGGCAACGCGUUUCGCUGGAUUUGUAGUUACGAUGUGCCCUCGUUUGUGCCUCUUGAAGGUGAUAUCAGCUACUCUGACCUAGCAGCAAAGACUCGUACCAACCAGGAUGUCACUCAGCGUAUGCUGCGCUUCCUGAUGACUAGCAACAUCUUUCGCGAGCCACGGCCAGGCUUUGUUGCUCAUACUAUUGGAUCCAAGCUUAUGACAAUCCCGGGACCCCGAGACUUGACUUAUUUCGCCGUAUUGGAGAGCAGCCAGUGGGCAGCGGCGUACCUCCAGACUUUUAACAAGUGGGGCUACUCUGAAGAGCCCAACGAGACCGCCUUCAACUAUACCUCGGGAAGUUCCCUCCCUGUGUAUAAGGCCUGGGAUUUGGAUCCUAUUAGAGGCCCUCGCUUUGGUCGUGCUAUGGACGGAUUUCAGUCCACCACAGCCUAUCACACAGAUCAUAUAAUCAAUGGAUGGGACUGGCAGCUUCUUACUCCCGGCAGCACAGUGGUCGACGUCGGAGGCAGUAGGGGCACCGUGGCAUAUGCCCUCGCAAAGGCGUUUCAGAACCCCAGCUUCAUCGUUCAAGACCUGCCGGAAAUCGUUUCUGAAGCACAGAAGAAAGCCGGUCUUGGUAUUGCGAAUGAUGUCGCCCCGAGGGUUUCAUUCUACUCCCAUGAUUUCUUCACCACGCAGCCCGUCAAAAACGCCGACGUUUAUUUCCUGCGCAUGAUAUUUCACAACUACUCCGACAAGUAUGCCGUCAAGAUCCUGCAUAACCUGAUGCCCGCGAUGAAAAAGGGACCAGGCGGGUCUAAGCUAUUGAUUGCUGACCAAAUCAUGACGCCCAUGCUCGGGUCGAGCUCUUCGGAGAGCGCCAGUGGCGGCAAUACCGGCGUAUCCGCACAUGAUGAAUAUUCGAUGAGAUUCUUAGAUAUACAAAUGUUGAUAAUGCUGAACGCAAAGGAAAGAGAGAUGGUAGACUGGGAGGCUCUCCUCAGAAGGGCAAGCGAGGGACGGGAAGAAGGGGUGCUGCGGGUGACGGGGCAAAGAAGGCCAGAGGGGAGUGCCCAUUCGCUCAUUGUGGUAGAGCUACUUCCCCGUGGAACUGAGUAG